CAUGUUCUAAGGACUUCGAUCUGACACUGAUGAUCUGUUUGCUACGAAAUCUAGGAUGUUUAUCAACGCCAUCCAAUGGAUGGGAUCAACUUCCACAUCCGAAUGAUACGUUACCAGGAGCAAACUUGGCUACACUGAAGUGGUACAGAAAUCAAUUGGCCCAUGCGAGUGAUACAUCUAUGGAUAAUGUGAGCUUUACAGACAAAUGUAUACGUAUUGAAAAGGCAUUGACGUCUUUAAAUAAAGGUCAAAGACUAUAUGAGGUCACUGAAAUCUUAAAUUUAAAUCUUGAUGGAGAACAAGAAAACACAUUAAAAGAACUGAAUCAACUGCAAAAAGAAUAUGUGGAUUGUGAGAAGGAAAAAGAAGAGAUAAAAAGUGAACUCUCCUAUUACAAGGAAGGAAAUCUCCCUAAAACAAUUGCAGAAACAAAUGCAGUGUUGGUUGAAACUUGGCAACAAGAUGAUGAAAGUUUUAAUGAGACAAAGGGAUCAGCAGAUGUUUAUAAUAAAGUCAAGAGUUGUACUUGUGUUUUGGUCACAUCAAAUUCCGCAUUAGGAAAGACAGCUACCAUCCGACAUAUAGCAUUCAAAUUAAGACACGAAGGAUUUGAAAUUGUUCCUAUUGAGUCGCCAGAGGAUAUAAUUAAAUACAAAACAAAUAAAAAACAAGUUUUUCUUAUUGAUGACGUCCUUGGUAAGUACGACUUAAGUCCAACCCUGUUAGAGAGAUGGGAAAGAUUGAACGAAAAGCUUAUCAGCUGCUUGAACACAGAAUCGGGGGAAAACAAACUAUUGUGUACACUACGACUACAAGUAUCCCUCCUCAACAGAUUUACAAAUGCCUCCACAAUUUUAAACAAAAAAGUCAUUAAUUUAGAGCACGAGUCAAUUGCUCUUUCACAAAAGGAAAAACAGAAAAUAUUAAUGAAACACCUAAGCAGAAGUAACCUAGAAAAUGAAAUUACAACAGAGGAAGUUGAUAUAAUAUGUAAAACGAAUUAUGCAUUCCCUCUCCUUUGCAAAUUAGUUGCAAAGGAUAACAGAAGAUUCCAGAACAGGAUCGCGUUAUUUCGACAACCUUUAUCCAUAUUCAAAGAAGAACUUGAUAAAAUAUGUAAUGAAAACAAGAAGCUGUAUUGCGUUUUAGUGCUAUGUAUGUUGUUCAAUAGAAACUUUAGUAGAAGUAUAUUUGACAAUAACUCAAAGGAAUAUGAUGAGAAAAUAUAUAAAAUAGUGCAAACUUGCAGACUUCAAAGAAAUAUAUCUAAGAAAGAACUUGAGGAUUGCGCUCUUUCCGCUAUAGGAUCAUAUUUUACUAAGGUCAGUAACAAGUUUUGUUUUAUUCACGAUGUUUUUGAAGAGACAAUCAGUUAUCAUUUUUAUAUGUUUGAUCCCAAAGAAAUGUUUUCAGAGUGUGAUAUCAUGUUUAUUAGGGAUCGAGUCAGAGUUCGUUCAACUGAAAACUCGGAUGAAAAUGUUAAUGACAAUAUUGUUUAUAUUCUGGAAGAUGAGUUGAAUGAGGAUCAUUUCAGACCAUUGUAUAAUAGAUUUAAGGUUGAAUUACAAAACGGGAGAUUUUCCAAUGUGUUGAUGAGUCCUCUUUUUAUGAAUAGAAAAUUCGUCCGUAUAUUUGCAAUCACUUUUGGUGAGAGCAUACAUACUUUAAUGAAACAGUGCAGCUCCGAGAAAAUAUCAAGCAUGGAUCAGUCAUUGGUGCAACAGGCUUUAAAGAUGUUAUCCCAUUAUGUCUUUGAUAAACGCAAUGACACAAUCAGACAAGUUAUGAAGGGUCAACUAACACUUAUGGACUGGACUGUGGCAUUAGGUUGCUAUGAAUUAUUUCGAUAUGCAUGGGACAAAAUGACAAUUUUUGAGCGUAAAAUGACUGUAGGUAGAUAUUCCUUACAACAAAGAUUAGGAUUGGAGUCCUUAUUUCAUCUAGCUGUAUUGGGCGAUAGCUUACCUAUUGUCAAAGAAUUAAUUUGUCAGGGUGCAGACGUUAAUGUCUCGUCCUUGUUUUGGGAAGCACCUUUGCACAUGGCACUUAAGACAGGUCGUCAUGAUAUGGUACGUUUACUCUUGCAAAAUAGAGCACAAGUAAGUCUACGAGAAUUUCUUGGCCAUGGUGAAGAAGAAAUCCCUAUUGCUGUUACUCCAAACUAUCAACAAUUUGCUAGUUUUAUUACUGCAUAUAUUGAAAACGAUUCAGGCCAGACCGUGAUUCAUGAGGCAGUCCGCCUUAACGAUUUAGAAAAUUUGAGAUCAAACAUUAAACCGGAGUAUAUUGAUUCUAAAACAAGAACGGGAUUGACAGUCCUACAUUACGCUGUAUUAUUAGAUAAUUUAGAUGCUAUGCAUGUUUUAUUUCGAGAAGAAUUGCCUGAAAAUGAGGAUUUCCAUUGUGAGUUGACACAAGAUAUUCAACGAGAAUGUGUAUGCAAACAGUCGAUACCGAAUGUAAACAUAGGUGACAGUAGUGGACUUACUGCUGUCCAUCUAGCAGUUAUAAAAGAUAAUAUUGAAAUGUUAUCUCUACUGUUGCGUAACAAAGCUGACGUUAAUGUUCGUGAUAAUUUCUAUAGAACCCCUUUACAUUACACAAAAAGUGCAAAUGCAACACACUUAUUACUCACUCAUAGCUCUCAGAGAAAUUGUUUUGAGUCAAUUAGAAAUACAUAUGACAACGGAGAGUAUGGGAAAACACCUAUAACAGCUUUUAGGACCACGUGUUUUAAUAUAGCUGGACAAACUGCGUUUAGAUUUUAUCUACAUGACUUCGUUAACGUGCAAGACAAGGAUGGUAAUACACCUUUACAUUCUAUUAUAAAAAGGCGUCUUUCAAUACAGGACAGCAAUGAUUGUAUUGAAACAUUGAUAGCGAAUGGAGCCAAUCCUUAUUUAUUUAAUAACUCGUGUAUGUCAGCAUUAGAGUUAAUUGAUUGUGUUGAUACAAACACACACAUACUUAGUAGUACAACACAUAGACAACUAAUUCAGAACCUUCAUAAAUUAUUUGCUUUAGUAACUUUGUUAAUCACAAUCAGUUUAAUAGUAUUCGAUAACUGGAUGAUGAAUGAGGAAAAUGAACACGAAUUACAUUGCGUUGGAGAAGGUACAGAAUCUACUAAUAUAACUUUGGUACAAGUAACGAGAUCAAUGUUCGUGUUACUGAGUGUUGCUGUGUAUUGGUCAUUUUCAUUGAUAACGUUUGACAUGAGGUACUCAUUUGAACAAUGGCUUCCAUUUUUAAUUUUGAUAUCGUAUGGAAGUGGUUUUUUUAUAUUGUAUGGAACAUUUUUAUACAUUGAAACCAUAGAAAAGUUUGAGUUUAUGUUCAGGAUGCUUCUUCUGACUUUUGCAUUCAGGUUGUUAAUAUCUGUCGAACGAUUGGUUCAAUCUGUUUUGAUGAAAAGACAUAGUUUAAGAUUAGACAUAUUCAUGGUUUGUGCUCUAUCAAUUGUUUUAAUUGGCGGAGCUUUCAAUAAAGACCAUCACUAUUUUUACGAUAUUUCUACUAAUCGGGUUAUAUAUACACUCAACAUAACAUCUAACAAUUGUACCGAAUUAAGUUCUGUCAAUAUCUCAUGUACAAGUUUAGAUUAUAACAUUUCUUAUAGGAGUGGUGUAGAUUUCUCUGUACAAUGUCUUAAUGACCCAAAUACAACAAGUUCAAGUUAUAAUGGUACACUUAUAGUGGAAUCCGAAUUUAUUAACUGGAUGGAAAUAGGCAUACUAUCUAUAUUUUGGUCACAUAUAAUAUGUGCCUAUUGUUUUCUUCACUGUUUAUCAAUAAUUGUGAAGAUACAUGAAACACUACAAGUGCAAUUGCAAAUCACAAUCAUUGAUCAUAUACAUCAAAUGAUGUUGUGGUUUUAUUUAUUUUCAUAUUCACUUUUUCGAUAAAUGUGUGAUUUUCAGACCUAAAAAAAUGGAAAAUCAACUUUUUUUAUUUCAAGAGUUAUUUUAAAUACCUCUAUUAUAGACCUACUUGUAAAUAAAAAGUGCAGUCUUAAAUACUCUUUGUACUGUUUCAUAAGUGACAUUUGUCCCUUACGAAACUGCUACUAAACGCACAUCUUAUUACAAUUUAAUGUCUUCUAUUGCCAUUCCAGAUUGUUUUACUUCAUAUACUAGAACGAUCUCAUAUUUUUUAAAUUCGAGAACCAUUUUUUAUGGGUUAAGAUUAGAAAGUUCUUCACAUAUGAAGGCACAACUCAUGUUACGUAAUGGACAUUUUGAUGAGUUUCGUAAGUCACAAAACCGUUUCAUAGUGGACAUCAAUCCUAUUCUAUAUUGAUAAAAACAUACUGCAAAUUACUUGAAACUAAUCCUUGUUAUUUGUUUUGCACGAAUAUAAUUGAAAAAAAGUGUAAAAAACGACGGCAUGGUAGUGGUACUAUCUAUUACGACACGUUUUUCUCCCAUUCUUGUUUCGUAUCUGACCGUUUAAAUUCGUAGUGGACAUAUUCACAUGUUUUAUUUGUUUUCCCACAAUCCCUAUAUUGCAAUAAUGAAAAUAAUUAUUCUAUUCAUAAAAGUACGUACUUAGUUUUACACUGAUUUUUUUUUUCUUCAUAAUUUUAAAACCAGAUACUGAAGGAAAUUUUGCCUGUUUUGUAGUGGACAUUAACAAAAAUACGGUAUCACUCUGGUCCAUUUGAUGUGCUCAUUUUUUUUUGCCAACUAUUAAACUGUCGUAUUAAAAAGCAUUACUUCUUUUGUAAGACCCUAAUGUUUAUAAGUCUUGCAAACAUUGAUUUUAUAAAGUAAAUUGAAUGACUUAGUUUCGUAGUGGACAUUUUUUUUAACAAUAUCAUGGAUACACCUUCAUAAAUUUAAAAUCCUUUGUCAAAAGUUGUUUAAUAAAAUAUGUUGUCUAAAAACAUAUUUUUGAAUAAUUAAAGAACUUAUAUUAGUAAAAAUAAACUUAUCUUUAUAAUAUUUUAGAGUAAGAAUGUUGAACAGGAGGACUAGGCACAUGCCAUUUUGGUUAUUUUGAACAAUUUUGGAAUCAAUAUUUAUUAAUCCUUCUCAAUAUAGUAUGUUUCUUCGCUAAUAUAAUUCAGUGUACUGACUACACAAAAAAUUACUCUAAACUUUUUUCGAAAGUGGCAGGGACAAGAAAUCAAAGAAUGAAACAAAAGCUAGCAAAAGGGGUAAACGUUUUAUUCAUUUUGAUGAUGUUGAUUUAAAUGCUUGCAGGUGACCAAAAAUGCUAUUGUAAUUGUUUUUUAUCAAUCCGCAGGACACGCAUAUAGACAUUGAACAUUACACCUUCAAAUUGUACAUCUAGUUCCGUAAUUAUCUCAUUUACAAGUUAUUAUAGUCAUGGUAUCUUUGAAAACUAUUUACACUUAGUCGGUACCACUGCUGGUGGACGUUUCGACCCGAAGGUAUCAUAAGCCCGGUAGGCAGCACUCCAGUGUUGACAUGACUAUCAAUUCUAUGGUAAUUUUUUUAAAUUUACUGUUAGUAAAAGUAUGAUACUAAGAAUUUAUCACAGGCAUAGAUUACUUUAGCCAAAUUUGAAUUUUUGGUUGCUCAAUGCUCAUAAUUUUUACACUUGUUUGGAUCUUUAACUAUUUUGAUCUUAGAGUCACUGAUGAGUUUUAUGUAGACAAAACGCGCGUGUUACUUAUUAGAAUAUAAGCCUGGUACCUUAAAUAGCUAUUUAGUCUAUACCAUUACUAAAUAUUGUCGAUUUCUUCGUAGAAUUUGGUAACCCCAACAUUUUACUGUAAUAUUACUUUUAUUGAAAUUUUGUAAGCCAAACACGCGUUGUAUCUGCAGAAGACUCAUCAGUAACACUCUUAAAGUUCUUUUUAAAAUGCAAAAUAAAGUACAAAGUUAAAGGGCAUAAAGGACAUAAAUUUUCAAACAGUUCUGUCAAAUAUGACUACGAUAAUAUUCCAUCUCUAGGCAAUACAAGUAUAACAAACUCCCCUUGUCAUCAGGUCAAAAAAUUGAUUAAAUGUAUGCUUCAAAAUACAUAGGAUACGUCUUUUGGUACAUACAAAAAUAAGCAAACCACUUAUAAAUAUUUAUUAUUUUUUGCUGUUCAUCACAUUUUCUCAUUGGAAUAUUCAUAACUGUAAAGAAUGCGUAGUAGAUACUUGUUUUAAGUGAAUCAGAAAAAUCAUCAUACUAUAUGAACUCAUUGCGUAAAUAUAUGGUCU